AGUAUGAGUUUCAUCGGUCCAUGGGUGUUCGGGAAUCUCGUCGGCUGCUGCGCUCGAUCCCUUUGACAGUGCGCUUUGCAUGUUAGACGUUGAAUCCGCUGGCUGGCAAAGUGUGGAGUUGCGUUUCUGCUCGCGAAAUCGGCCGCCCGAGCUUGCUGACUGCAUGACACGCCGUCCGAUGCUGGCACGACUCCGUCACCUGACUGCCACUGGCGCCGGUGCCGCGCGCGCGAGAUGAGCGCGUCUCGAGGAUGGUCUGUGAGCAGGAGAAAUCGGCGGGGUAGGGGAAGCCCCAGAAAUCAGCUCUCGCAGAAAAGUUUCUCUUGCUCGUUCGUUGCCUUUCGCCCGCCCCUUUGCCGGGAGCUCUUGCUUUGGAAAAUCUGUCCGGGCAAGAAACUGGAAUUCGUCCUGAAGCCAGAUUUGCGGUCUGUGAGGAUGAAAAAAAGUUUGAAAAAAUUUGCUCGCGUCUUCUUUGUGUCAGAGAUGGAUUGAUACAGAUCGGUUGCUUACUAAUAUCGCUUUGAGAUUGAUUGCGGGCAACGUGCACGGAUGUAAUGCUUUACCUUGACAUGAUCUCGACGUCACCCUCGCUCGGCUGAGUUGAAAAGAUCCAGAUGCGCUUAUUCCUGUUGCACCUGUUCUUCCGUUUGUUCACCCGCCACCGUCAAUCUGGUGUCUAUUGGACGCUUUGGUAGGAGAAGCGAGCUGUGAGUUAGGUCUUCCUGUUUCUCACUCUUUGAAUUUCGUUAAAAACCGAAUAAGAAACAGUAUUCCUUCCCUUUGUCUUGCAAUAUUGUCCGUUGAAGCUCGCUUUGCUGUAGGAUUUGUCUUGAGCAGAGAAGGUAUUUCAGCCUGUAAUCGAGAUAAGAUUGAUUGCGUUUGAAAUCAAGAUCAAGGCGCAAAUUUUUCUCAGAACGAUUAGCAUCUCCAAAAUAGAAGGAAUGCUUUCAAGACCGCCCGGAAAAUAGUGCCUUCUGUAAGUUGUUUGGACAGUUGGUCACUUGAAUUCUUCUCAAACCUCAAGACGCUGCUGCGAAAGCAUGUUUCCGUAGAUCCUCAUAACUCUGGGCCAGAGGUAAGUCAAUUCAGGAAAUAGCCAACUAACUAUAGAUGACGCUCAUCGCGCUGUUGUUUAGGUUUCAGGCAUGAAGAUAUUUACUCUGUACUAGGCAGCCACAUCAGACCGCUUCAAAGUCUCGAAGUAUCGAAACCAACCUUUCGGCGAAAUCAAAGGGCAUCGAGUUAGUAUCGUCUUCAUGAUGAUUGCUACCAUCAACACCCUGUAUUUACAUCCCUCGUGUCCUACGUUCCUGGCAUUGUUUCUUGAGAAUCCUCACGGGCAAGGAUGUAAACCGGUAGUUCUUGUGUAGAUAACCAUUCUUCUCUACUACGACUGUAGGAAGGUGUGUAUUAAGCAUCAAUCUGAUUCGAGAGUAAUGUGUGAACAUAAUUCAUGACUCCUUGGUUCAGCAAAAACCGUACCCACCUAAGACAGGUGUAACCUCGUUUCGUAUGCUUUCCCUGCGUCAGACACCUCGUUCUUUGAUUAGAAAAAUGUAGAAUCCUCUGAUGUUAGGCUAGGCCGAGAUUAUUUCUCGAGUUUUUUUAACAGUUUCGUUAUGCUCGUUUCGUCCGCUUGGCUGGUCACCAUUUCGUGAGUUGUCCUUUCAGUUCUUUUCGGUUCUCUCAUCUCUCAGCUUCAUUCGUUGUUCUGGUACGAGAAAACCCCUGGGACGAUACCUUUUGGAAUUUACAUUUAUCUCUUUUUUUUAUGACACUCUUCUCUUCUUCCAAGGACAAACCUCUUCCGUCAAUCAGUCGAUGGGGAAAACUCGUAGCGUAAACCUGUUGUUUAUCAAGCAUCACGUCAUGAUGUUUCAUGGUCAAAUUGAGUACAGGUUAGAGACUAUGAUGCAGGAUUUCAGCCACAUUCAUUGGAACGUGUAUAUAGUGAUUAUUUGGAGAAAUAAAAUAUCGUCAUACAAGAGUACUAUAUGAUACAAAUUAGGUUUUGAGUAAAAGACUAUGUGCUUUAUAUAAAUGUAGAUUUGUUGAGAUGAGUCACCUAAAGAUUGUGUGUAUUCUUUAUUGUGAAUGUUUUUUAUUACGUUCUGAUUCAAACAACAACUGGUAGCUGAGCUAGGUUAAUGAUUAUGGUUUCUAGGGAAGGACAGUAGUUACAGUUUUCAAUGAGGGUAGAAGUGACUAUUUCAAACAAGAGGUACGAGUGUUUCUGACGAGAGACGGUCAACAACCAAGAGGCGGCCACAAGCAAAGGGAGACUCUGAGACUAAAAGCUUGCGAGGUGGGUCAUCAUCUCGAUCUUUUACGCAAAAGACCACGUGCGGCUUCUAGCAGUCGAUCCACUACUUUGCAACUUUGAAUCCAACUUUCCAUCACGGAGCAUGUGGGAGGCUGAAGUUCUCUUUUCUCUAUGUCGUUCUUUGCUCGCCCUCCUGCAAACGAAUGGUGCGUUCGACCCCCAAGAAUUUUUGAGGGAUUGCUAUAUGCAACGACCAAGUGUUGGCUUUUUUUGGUUAGAGAAUUGACGUUCGAGAAUCAAUUUGUUAAUGAUUUCUGAGUCGGAGUGGUAGUAUCUCUAAUGUG